CAAUUAAAAAGCUGUAACCAACCCUCCGGCUCUUCCUCCAUGUGUCUUCUAGCUGUAGAGAGAUGCAUUUAGUAUAACUAAAAAAACGAGAGAUCCAAUAAAAACUUAAACCCCCAAAAACCAAAACCCAAAGAAAAGUGUGCCAUGAUAGAAUUUUAGAUAAAAAAAAAAACUUUCUGGGUGCAACCAUGAAAGAAGAAAUUAAGGAGGUUAAUAUGUAAUGUUUAAAGUAAUAGAUUAGAUCUGGAAUGUUUGUAAUUGUAGUCGUCUGAUGUUGAUGAUGAUGAUGUUGUGUAGGAAGAAUACUAGUGUUGAUGUUGCUGGUUCUGGUUCUGGUUCUGGUUCAGGUUCAAUCCCUGUUUAUCUCAAUGUCUACGAUAUAACUCCUUUCAAUGGUUACGCUUAUUGGCUCGGACUUGGGGUCUACCACUCUGGCGUACAAGUUCACGGAGUUGAGUAUGCAUUUGGAGCUCACGAGUAUCCCUCGACUGGGAUUUUCGAGGGGGAACCCAAGAAAUGCGAUGGAUUUAUAUUUAGGAAGGCGAUAUUGUUAGGGUGGACAGAGUUUGGAGCAGAUGAUGUCAGGAAACUUAUGGAAGAACUUGCAUUGGAGUAUAAAGGGAAUGCUUAUAACUUAAUUACUAAGAAUUGCAACCAUUUCUGUAAUCAUGCUUCCGUCAAGCUUACUGGGAAUCACAUCCCAAGUUGGGUCAAUCGCCUCGCUCGAAUAGGAAUUUUAUGCAAUUGUGUCAUUCCUGAGACUGUAACGACCACCAGAAUCCAGCAAAGGAGAAAAGAAGACCACAAAAAACAAGUUAUCACAACAUCAUCAAAUUCUAAUACUUCUUUAUCAUCAUCCCCUUCGGAAACCAUAACAAAAUCAGUCACACCACAUUCAUAAUUUGAUAUUAUCAUAUUACAAAAUCUGUCUUGUCCUACAUUACUUAUUACUGAUUAGUAUUACUCAGUUUUCAUUUCAAGGUAAGGUUGCUUGUAUUUGUACAAAUUCAAGUUUUAAGUUUUUCUAGUUUUACCGUUGAUCAUA